GGGAGAAGAACAACAUUCAGAACUGCUUCAGUGAACCCACAGUGGAACCACAAGUUCAUCUUCUCUGUGGAUUCGUCUGUCAGCUACCUCAACAUCUGCCUGUGGAGUAAGGGGGGUGACCGCACAGACAAGUCAGAGAUGAUCAGUUCCACCAAGCAGGAUGUCCUCUUGGGUUAUGUUAGUCUCCACUUGGAUGAGAUCUUCCUACACAGCCUGGUGACACUUAAUGGCACCAUGUAUGACCGGGUCAAGUUGAAGCAUGGACACUUUAAGACAGAGGAUGAACUGGUGAAAACCUGGUCAGUUCACAAAGGCUGGGAUCCAAACCAGAUGUAUGGCGACAUCUCUUUAGCCUUCCACUAUGUUCCUACAGACCUGACCCAGGAACAGAGGCGCCUCCUCAGCGGCAGCAAGACUGCCUCAGUUAAGCUGCAGAGUGAGCUGUUUGAGAGGUACAAAGCAGAUGAGGAUGAGCAGGGAAAGCCCUCACCGGCAAGAAUCCCCGAGGACCUCAAGAGGGACCUGAAUGAAGGACAUCACCAAUUUGACAACACAACUUUCAUGACUGCAACAUUUUGUGAUUACUGUGGGAAGAAGAUAUGGAUGAAGGAAGCCUUUAAGUGCCAGACGUGCAAUAUGGCGUGUCACAAAAAAUGCCUGGUCAAGUGUCUGGUGAACACCGUCUGCACUGAUGCCGGAGCAAAGAAGAGAAGCUCGGUUGAGGAAGCCUGGGAGCCAUUGGCAACCACUGGCAAGCUGAAACGUCCAGUUGUAGCAGAUGAGGUUGUCAAGAAUUUAGGAU